AAAGAUACCAUAAUCAGCGCACUCAGUACUCGACCACCUAAUGGAGGGUUACAAGCUACUUUACGAUCGCCAUUCCACCCAGACCCACUCGAAUUCUCAGGAGAGGACCCAAAGGAACUCCCCUCAUUCCUUCGGAAGCUCCAGUUGAAACUCAGAAUGAAUAACGACUGGUGGACCUCGGAACAACAACGAAUGGGCUAUGUUAUUAGCCUACUCUCCUCAAAAGCAUAUAACCAGGUCGCACACGGUAUCAACGAUGAUGGUACAAUCUUACACCCGCAUGUGAAAGCUAUCACCGACAUCCUUACAAUAACAUUCGGAGACCUCAACGCCAAAGCAAGCGCAGCAAAACGUCUUAUAACCCUCGAACAAGGGACGUCACCUAUGGCCAUAUUCCUUCCAGAUUGGGUUGCUACCGCUAACGCUACGAAAUGGGACGACACUGCCUUGAUUGACCAUCUGAGAAAUGCAAUCCAUCCAGAAGUUCUCAACCGAAUCUCCUUUUUACGUGACGACGAUAUUCCUCAAGACCUCCCUAGGUACACAGAACUCGUCCGCCGCUGCGACUACGAAGUCCGUCAGGCCAACCCAGACUACCUUGAGAAGAACAAAGCAGGCAGUCAUACCCCGUACCCCUUUACACCUUAUACUCCACCCCCUGCCAAUGGAGGAGACGCAAUGGACCUGAGUGCAACCCUACCAGUUACGUGGCAAAGAAAGGACAUUGAGAACAAGCGCCGACCAAAGACAGAUGCUGAACGAGAGGCACGAAGAACGUACUAUACGGAACAUAGACUUUGCCAUUGGUGCGCCUCGCCGAAGCACUUUGCCCCGAAUUGUACCACAGCACCCUGGGCGACGGGAAAAGCCUAGUCUCCCUCACAAGUCGCCACGGGAGACGCGGCUAUAAGGACGAUUUACAGAUCUCUUCCCUAGACUCUAAUCAAGC